AUCGAUUUUUUUCACUUAUGACAACAAAACGACUAACUCGAAAUCAAAUUCGAAACUUUUUUUCAUUAGCUCAGCUGAAUUUGAAACAUUUGUACGACAAUGUCACCAAUCAUGUCAAAAAAUACAUUGAUUUUCAUAAUCAUCAUCAUUUCAAUAAUACUUGAUUCAAAUAGAUUGACAGCAUCCAAUAUAUUCUCUUCAUUGAUUCGUAACAAUUUAAAUCGCUAUCUCAAGAAUCCUUUGUUCACAAGAUCAUUCGUAAAGAAUUCAUUAUGGCAAAGUGAAUUUGAUGAACAUGGUUCAUUGAUUGUUCCACAAAUGGAUAAUUUCAUUAAAUCAAAUGGACAAUUUUCAGUUGAGGAUCAUCAUCAUUUGGCGAUGGAAAGCUUCGAUGGUCAAACAUUUCCGAGUUUUGAUCUACCGAACGGUGUGAACGAUUUCCUUCCAUCAUCAAAACUGCCGCCGCCACCACCACCACCAUCAUCAUCAUCUCCAUCAUCAAUGUUGGAACAAUCGAAACAAAAUGUUCGAUUUCCAACUGAAAAAUCUUUGAAUAAUGACGGCCUGGAUGGUGAGAAUAAAUUGAAUAGUAUUCAUUCGACAAAUUCGUUGACAACCACCAACAAUAACAAUGCUUAUAGUUCAUUCAAAAAAAUACCACAACAGCAACAACUUUCGAAUCAAUAUGUAAAUGAAGAUAUGGCUGAAUCAAUAAAAAAAAUUAAUUAUCAAAAUCCAGCUAUAACUUCAAUCAAUAAUCGUCAACGUAAAGCGAAUAAUAAAUAUAAUAACCACAAUUAUUAUUAUCAUAAACAAAUGAAAAAAAUUGCAAACGGAAAAAACAACAAUUAUAAUCAAGAAAAAGCCUUGAAUCUUAAAUUAGAAUAUGGAUUCAAACCAUUACCAGGUGGAAAAAAAGAUUUAUCAACCAAUUCGAUUCAGAUGAACGAUCCGAUCGAAACAGAUGAACAAACGGAAGAUGAUCGACAACAUGAUGAUUAUGGUGAUGAUAAUGAUGGUCUUUUUCAAGGUUUGUUCAGUUUUAAUAAUAGAACAAUGAAAUCAUUGGAAGCCAGUGGUACAAAUCGUUUGGAAGAACCAUUUUCUCAUGAUUAUAAAAAAUAUAUUUCAUAUCCAAUGGAAACCGAAAGCAGUGAUAAUAUUCAUAAAUUAGCGUUCACUGACAUCGAAUCAUUCAGGCCUGAUCAUGGUUUUCUUCAUACGCAAAGUUUUCUUGCAAAUAGUUACGGAUUACCAGUAUUCGAAACAAUUUCCAAUUAUCCAAAUAUAAAAAAUUUUCGAAAACAAGGCAUUGAAUGUGCUCGUCAGGCUGGAUAUUGUGAAUAUGAUUCAAGUUAUCCAAUCGAUUACGUCAAUUCAAUAAUAACAAAUUGUACAUCGAUUAUUGAUGAUAUGUAUGCUGAAAUGCCGGAAAAUAUGGAUGAUUUUAGUGGCUAUAAAUCAUUGUUUCAUGUACAUUCUGCCCAAACGAAUAGUUUCGAUAGCAACGCUGUAAAUCCUUCAUCGACAGGAAAAGCAACAAAUGGAUCAUUAUGCGAUGCCGAUCGUAAAUACAUACGUCCAUCCGUCAUCAAAGAUAUUCAUAAUGUUUAUCAUUUAAUUCUACAAAGUUCAUUUUAUUUUCAACAAAUACCGGUAGAAAUUUGUUCUAAUCCUGAUCAUAGCUGCAAUUAUAUCAGCGAAUGUAAUAAUCAAAAACUUGUUCGAGUAAAAUGUCGACAAAAAUAUCGGACACAUAUAUUGAUCAGUAUUGAACAUAAUGAACAUGAAAAAAUUGGAAAUAAUUUGAAUCAUCAAUUCGAUACAACAUUGCACAAGGCAAUAAAUUGUCCAAAAAUGCGAAUGUAUCGACUACCAUCGUCAUGUGUGUGUGAAUUAUCCAAUGAUUAAAAUCCGAACUUUUGUGUUCAACAAUUAUUAUCACUUUUUUUGUUGUAAAUAAUCGAUUUUCAUAUUCGUUACACUUACACACCAAUCAUAUUGCAAUGAGAUUAUU